AUGCUUCCUACUAUCACUCAAGAUUCGCCCCUCGCGGCGGCCAUCGCUAGGGUCAUUCAGCCUAAACUGGUGGAAAUGGGAUGGAGUACGGAUGAUGGUCAAGAGGGAGCGCUUAUUGAAUAUAUCGUCCUCAUGCUAGUGAACGGAAAGACCCAAGAACAACUUGCGACUGAACUUUCCAACGACUUCCUCGGACUAGACGAAGGCGACACACAGGCGCUUGAAUUUUCAAGGUGGUUGUUUGGUCAGGUUGAAAGUCUUGACCAACAGAUCAACGGAGCCUCAAGUGAUUCCGCAACACAACAAGUUCCUUCGUUCGGCCAAGAAUCCGGCCAAUCCUCAGGGAUGGAAGGAAAUGGUAUGGAUGCAGAGAUGGGUGAUGCGAGUGAUUCCAUACCUACAGGACCCAAGGCGAUGCGCAACGGACGACAAGCUGGCCGAGGUAGAAUGAUCAACCAGAUCAACCGAAAUCUCGAUCGCAACCCUGACGGAACUCUCCACCGAGUCCGUGGACAGCAAGGAAAUGGACGUAUUGGAGGUCACGGCCGUGAUCAAAUGAAGGGGCCUCGGCGAGGAAACGGCCGAAACAUGGGAGGCAUGGGAAUGCCAGGCAAUAUGGGAGGUGGACCGAUGAUGCAAAUGAGCCCACAGAACCAGAUGCAGAUCAUGUCGAUGUUGGAAGAGCAGGCCAGGAUGAUGUCUCAAUUGAUGCCUGGUUUCGUCCCACCUGCCGUGAACCCGGCAUUCCAAAACGGAAACCAGCAAGGUCGCUCGCUAUUUGACCGAGUUGAGCGUCAGGGCCAGCAAGGCGGUGGACGUUUCAAUAAACGCGGCCAAAACCAGAAGCCCCAGGGAGCCAGCGGUGAUAUGGAUACCGAAAUGAGCGGCGAGCAAAGCGAGAGCAACCCCGACGCCGUCUGCCGGUUUAACCUUCGCUGCACUCGGAAAGAUUGUCCAUUCGCCCAUCAAUCUCCUGCUGCACCUGAGGGUACUUCCCUCGACAUCUCUGAUGUCUGCUCAUUCGGGGCAGCUUGCAAGAACCGAAAGUGUACAGGACGUCACCCAUCACCCGCAGUCAAAUCUGCACACCAAUCCGAGGAGAUGUGCCGAUUUUUCCCCCAUUGCACCAACCCGCAUUGUCAUUUCAAGCACCCCGACAUGCCACUUUGCCGCAACGGUUCCGGCUGCACGACCGAGGGAUGCAAGUUCACGCAUGUCCAAACUGCCUGCAAAUUUAACCCAUGCAUGAACCCGAAUUGUCCAUACAAACAUGCCGAGGGCCAGCGUGGUUCUUUUCCCGACAAAGUAUGGACACCCAAGGUCAGCGAGCGCAAAUUUGUGGAUGAGGACAUGCCCGAAGAGUUGAUCAAGCCUGAGACCACGGGAGACGUAUCUCAAAACCAGGAGCUUACCGCAUGA